CGCAGCACAAAUUCUUUCUUCAUUCUACCACUGGAGCAAGAUGGCGGAACAUCUUUCAUCCAACCGUCUUCGUUGGGAUUUGAGCCCAAGUGACCUCAAAGCUCGUGCUGAAAAGCUUAAGGAAACAACAAGAGCUGUUUAUGAUGCUGUUGGAGGCGUUUCGAAGGAAAAUGUGACUUACAACAACAUUAUUCAAGCGCUGGCUGACAAUGAUUGUGAGUACGGUGUGAUGCGUAACAUGCUGGACUUCCCCCAACAUGUCUCCCCCAAUAAGGAGCUUCGGGAAGCAAGCACAGACGCAGAUAAAGUGCUCUCGGAAUUUGAUGUGGAGAUGAGUAUGCGCCAAGACGUGUUUGACAACCUUGUGGCAUUCCAGGGAAAGACGGAUGUAAGCAGUCUGGAGCCAGAAGCCAAGAGGUAUCUGGAGAAAAAGAUCAAGCUGGGUCGCAGAAAUGGUCUGCACUUACCCAAGGAUGUCCAAGACAAGGUCAAGGCGUUGAAGAAGCGGGCCAGUGACAUCAGCAUCGACUACAACAAGAAUGUCAACGAUGAGAACACUAUUCUAGAGUUUACCGAGGCUGAGCUUGGAGGAUUACCUGACGAUUUUAUCAAGCGUCUUGAAAAGACUGCCGAUGGAAAGUGCAAGGUAACGCUGAAAUACCCAGACUAUUUCCCUCUGAUGAGGAAGGCACAUAACCCUGAUACAAGACGCAGGAUGGAGACGGCAUUUAACUCAAGAUGCAAGACAGAAAACACUGCCAUCCUAGAAGAGCUUGUAAAGAUUCGUGCACAGCUGGCUAAGUUGCUAGGAUACUCCACCCAUGCCGAGUACAUCCUUGAGAUGCGGAUGGCCAAGACGCCGGAGACGGUCUCCAGCUUCUUGAGCGGCUUGGCUGAGAAGCUCCGACCUCUCCAGCGGGAGGAGCUAGAAGGGUUCCUCAAGUAUAAGGAAGAGGACUGCAAGAAAUACGGGUAUGAGUUUGACAACAAGAUCAACCUUUGGGACAUGCGCUACUUCAUGAACAUGUCGGAAGAGAAGCGCUACUCAGUGGACCAUGACAAGCUGAAGGAGUACUUCCCUCUGGAGAAGGUCAUCAAAGGGUCACUCGACAUUUACCAGCUCGAGGCUGGCUGA